AUGUUGCUCAAACUGCUCGUCGCGGGAUGCAUUGUCCUGGUAGUUUCCGGUGCUAGUAUCAAUCGUGAACAAGAAAAAAAGGAUCAUACUGCCGAUGGUAAAGGACAGGGCAAUAAACAUAAACGACAGAUUGACUGGUAUUAUCCCAGUUAUGAACCAGAGUACUAUCCACAGUACUACCCACAGUACGAAUCGGUGUAUUAUCCCAAAUACGAGCCAGAGUACUACCCCAAAUACGAGCCAGAGUACUACCCCAAAUACGAGCCAGAGUACUACCCCAAAUACGAACCAGAGUAUUACCCCAAACCCGAGCCUUACCCUAAGUACUAUCCAAAGUACGAACCGGUGCAUUACCCUAAACACGAAACGAAGCACUAUCCAAAGUACGUUGAGAAGAAGCAUUGCAAGAAACCAAAGACAACUACCACAACUACAACCACAAAAAAACCCCCGAAAAUUAUAUCGAAACCAAUUCCAAUGUUACCUGACAAGCAAACUCUGCUCAAUACGAAACUUGCAUUGAAAUUUGGAACAACUACAACAACAGAGCGGCAUCACUACUACUAG